AUGUCGUCAGAUAGCGAUAAGUCAAAGGGUGAGUUGCACCAGGGCGGUCAGAGCGAUGUUCAUCACUCUGAGAUCUUGGUCGAGGCCAAGAGCGAGUUGCAACAGGGCGAUAAAGCCGAUCUUGAUCAUUCCGAGGUCUUGGUCAACCCGAAUCUCAUGAGCGAUGCCGUCGAUGGCGAAGUCCGGGAACAUGGAAUGGGCAUGUGGGCGGCGGUUAAGCAACACCCUUGGGCUUGCUUGUAUGCAUUUGUCAUGUGCUUCACCAUUGUCAUGGAAGCGUUCGACAUGUUUCUGAACGGCAACUUUGUGGCGCUCCCCAUUUUCCAAAGAAAGUACGGUAUCUUGCUAAAGAGCGGUGAUUAUGCGAUACCAACCCGAUGGCAGAGUGCCCUCUUCCAAUCUGGUCAAUGUGGUGCUUUUGUCGGCGUAUUCUUGGCUGGACCUGUCACCAACCGUCUCGGCUACCGCUGGACUACCAUCUUGGCCCUGAUUCUUAUGAAUGCCACGAUUUUCAUUUCGUUCUUUGCCGACUCACUCACAGUACUUACAGUCGGACAAGCGUUGGAAGGCGUCCCCUGGGGAUUCUUCAUUGCGAACUCCCCCGCCUACGCCAGCGAGAUUGUUCCCCUCGUCCUUCGAGGCGCCUGCACGGCCAGUCUGCAAAUGGCCUGGUCUGUCGGUCAAAUCAUUGUCGCCGCCGCUACCUACGGCUACAACAAGCGAAACGACCAGUGGGCCUGGCGAGUGCCUCUCGCCUUGCAAUGGAUCUUCCCCACCCCCCUCUUGAUUCUCAUCUUCCUUGGCCCCGAAUCUCCGUGGUGGCUUGUUCGUCGUGGACGCAGACAGGAAGCCCUUCGCUCCAUCAAGCGCCUCGGUACUAAAUCUCCGGAGCAUGCCGAACAGACGCUUGCGAUGAUGGAACGAACUGUUGAGAUCGAAUUGCGCCAGGGUGGCACUCCUACCCUCCUCGACCUUUUCAAGGGCACCGAUUUGAGACGAACCACUAUCAUCUGCUUGAUGUACGCGUCACAGAAUUUUGCGGGUAACCUGAUUGCCAACCAGGCAACUUUCUUCUUUGAACAGGCCGGGAUCUCGACUGACCGUGCUUUUGAGCUCAAUCUGAUCAAUUCGUGUCUUCAAUUCUGUGCCAACGCGGGCUCGUGGUUUCUUACCGCCUGGUUCGGUCGCCGAACCAUCUAUCUCUGGGGCACAGCCACCAAUAUCACUCUGCUCUUUAUUCUCGGCAUCUGCGCCUCUAUACCACAGAACAAUGCAACCAACUACGCCCAGGCCGUUCUAGGCAUCCUCAUCUCCUUCGUUUUUGCCGGCUUCAUGGGACCAAUCUCGUACACCAUCAUUGCCGAGACGUCCUCCGUCCGUCUUCGCGCUUUGAGCACUGCAGUCGGCCGUGCCGCCUACUACGUCGCGGAAAUCCCCAUGAUCUAUCUGGCCUCAAAGAUGCUCAACCCGACAGGAUGGAACCUCGCAGGCAAGUGCGGUUACGUCUGGGGAGGCACCGCCUGUGUCUGCUGGGCUAUGGCCUUCUUAUUUCUUCCUGAGCUCAAACAUCGUUCUUACCGUGAGAGCGACAUCUUGUUUAAUCGCAAGAUUCCUGCCAGGAAGUUUAAGUCGACCGUUAUCGACGUCAAAGACAACGAGUAA